UUUGGGUAAAUACGAUCACGUGGGGGCCGGGGAGCCAAUGAGCUGCGGGGAAAAGGCUGGAAAAAUAAUUACCUGCCUUGAUUGUUCUGUGAGCAGAUAAAAAGUACAUAUACAGUUCAUACAAUAAUCUUAUGUAUGUAAAACCCUGUUACGAUGUCGGCGACGGGGCCCAUCAGUAACUAUUACGUGGACUCGCUCAUUUCGCACGACAAUGAAGACCUCCUAGCGUCCAGGUUUCCGGCCACCGGGGCUCACCCCGCCGCCGCCAGACCCAGCGGGCUGGUGCCGGACUGUAGCGAUUUUCCGUCCUGUAGCUUCGCGCCCAAGCCGGCCGUGUUCAGCACGUCGUGGGCGCCCGUGCCCUCGCAGUCGUCCGUGGUCUAUCACCCGUACGGCCCCCAGCCCCACCUCGGCGCCGACACGCGCUACAUGCGGACUUGGCUCGAGCCGCUGUCCGGCGCCGUCUCCUUCCCCAGCUUCCCGGCCGGGGGCCGUCACUACGCCCUCAAGCCGGACGCCUACCCCGGGCGCCGCGCCGACUGCGGCCCGGCCGACGGCCGCAGCUACCCGGACUACAUGUACGGCUCGCCCGGGGAGCUGCGCGACCGCGCCCCGCAGACACUGCCCUCGCCCGAGGCGGACGCCCUCGCCGGCAGCAAGCACAAAGAAGAGAAGACCGACCUGGACCCCAGCAACCCCGUAGCCAACUGGAUCCAUGCCCGCUCCACGAGGAAGAAGCGCUGCCCCUACACCAAGUACCAGACGCUGGAACUGGAGAAGGAAUUUCUCUUCAAUAUGUAUUUAACCAGGGACCGUCGGUACGAGGUGGCCCGGGUUCUCAAUCUCACCGAGCGGCAGGUCAAAAUCUGGUUUCAGAACCGGAGGAUGAAGAUGAAAAAGAUGAAUAAAGAGAAAACCGACAAGGAGCAAUCGUAAACCCUGCCCCAGCCUGGAAAAAGCAAAACAAAAACAAAACAACAAAGCAAAACAAAACAAAACAAAACCCGCAGAAAUAUCCCCAUGCAGGCGGGAGAAAGCACGGAAAAAGAAAAGGAAAGAGCAAGAUAGAGAAAAGCCAAUCAACUUAAAAAAAAAAAAAAAAAGAGGAAGGGGAAGAGGAGAACUCUGCGAUAUGGGAGGGCUCAGUGUUGAGAAAUUGGUGUUUUAGAGUUAGUUCUACCCAGCAGGGAGGAGGUGCGGAGAGACCCUCGCCCUCGGCCCCCAGCGCAAGUGAAAUAAAUGACACACACAAAUGUGAUUUUUUUUUCCUCCUUUCUUCAGAUAAGCCAGUACUUGAAUCGCUAUAUUUCUAUUUCUCCCCCCUGUAUUGUACUUGAUCUGGGCCAUCCCUUCCCUGGCCUUGGACGCGCUGCGUGCAGAUUUUGUACAAAAAAGAACACACACACACUUACACACACACACACACACACACACACACUCUGAUUCCCGGCCCAGGAGCUGCGGGGCGAGGGCCCGAGCGCGGCAGGCUGGGUCGGGCGGCGAAGGCCGGCACCUCGGGCGUGUACAUAGCCGCGUUUCCUCUCCCCCCACAGCGUCUGUCCGUCCUGUAACGUGCUCCUGUUUGUUAUGGUAGAACAGCUCUGUGUUAAUAUAUCGAAGUCACUGAAAAAAACAGAAACUCAA